AUGGAGGAGGAGGAGGAGGAGGAGGAGGAGGAGGAGGAGGAGGAGGAGGAGGAGGAGGAGGAGGAGGGGACGGCACACACACCCGCCACCCCCAUACCCGCCACCCCCAUACCCCCAACGCAGGAGGCGCGCUCUCUCGCAUUUUCGCGGAAGCACAGCCAGCGCAGAGCAUUCCCGGGAUCGAGAUUACAGAACAGCCGUACGAAAAUCGUCGUUGCUGCAGUCGUCCCAGACGAUUUUUCCUUGUUCACGGACGAUGAUUGGCUGGCGAAGCUUCCGGACAAAUCAUCCGCGUUGUACGCAUGCAGCUUACCGUCGAUCGAGGCCUGGCUCCGAUCUUUAGGGUUUCAACAAUCGGCCGCGAAGCCUGAGCUCUGGCGUCUUGAGCGGAGCGACUGGCAUGCGGAGCUGGUGACGGAUGUAACAGAUGUGGUUGUGAGGUACUUGAAGAGCGGUCCUGGCAAACUGAGCAGAGACAUUGAACGGAAAUUCAGCUAUUCUUUUAGCAGAGAGGAUGUGGAGAAGGCCAUUCUCGACGGACCCUGA